UUGGUAAGCUACAUGUGCUGAAGAUUUUGUUGCAUAAGAAUAAAGUGUCAGAAUGAAUCGUCUGCUAAAGAUUUCUACGACGAAGUCAACUGCUUCCUUUUGCAGAAUACUUGCUGCAAGAUAUAGCACAAAUACAGGAAGCAAAGAACAUAUUGAUGGACUUGUCAAAGACAAAAAACUAGUUGUUUUCAUGAAGGGCACUCCGGAUUCUCCAAACUGUGGUUUCAGUAAUUUGGUUGUACAAAUAUUGAGAAUGCAUGGUGUAAAAGACUUUCAGGCUCACAAUGUGUUAGCAGAUCAAUCACUUCGUCAAGGUAUUAAAGACUAUUCACAGUGGCAAACCAUACCCCAAAUUUACAUGAAUGGUGAAUUUAUAGGCGGUAGUGAUAUUAUGUUAGAGAUGCAUAAAAAUGGUGACCUUAUUGAAGAACUGAAAAAAGUUGGAAUAAGAUCUGCAUUAUUGGAUCAACAGGAAGAUGAAAAUAAACAAGGAUGAAUGUUAAGUGCUGGUUGCCAUUUUAUUAACAAUAGCUGUGUGAUUUAAGGAUAUAUGUGUGUUUCAGGAUGUAAGCUUAUGUCAAAAUAUUGCAAAUGAACUGCGGAAUUCAUCUUUGUGAUAAAUCUUCACAUUUAAAACUUGACCACCUCAUUUAUAAUCCCUGAAUAUGCAAAUAAUAAACUUAUGUUUAAAUUUAUUGCUUAUAAUGAAGUACCCGGUAACCGAUUUGGAAAAUGUUGCUAUUUUGUGAAAAUUUUAGAAAUAUGGAAGUUAUGCUUGAGAGAUGUUAAAGAUGGGUUCCCUUAUUUUCAUUCAUGUAUAUAAAGUAGAGGCAUUCUAAUGAAUAGGAAAAAUACCAGUUUGUCUCAAAAUAUCCAUAAUUAAUUCAUAAUUAGCUGAGAGUAUGACCAGCAGAAUUCCAUUGAGUGACCAAUCAAGAAAGGCCAAAAAGUCUUUUUUGUUUUUGUUUAUCCAGACUGUACAUACAAAGACAUUUAUGAUUGGUUAAAAAUCCUAAUUAUAUGCAUCAGAUAUAAGAUCAGAUAUGAUUAAGAUUACAUGAUAAUUCAUUAGAGACACCAGUUAUUCAAGUAGUUUUCUUAAUUUGUCACUAGAAAAUAAGGAAACCCAUCUUUUAUUUAAUAUAAUGAUAAAAACCCUUUUACAAACCUCAAAUGUCAAUAUUUUCUUUUAAUUAAGAUAUAUUGAUUAUUGUA